AUGGCGUCUGAUGAGGAAAUGCUUGAUGUUAGUUUUCCUCGACAGUAUAUGUCACUUUCUAAUGUGAGGAAUACCUUUUCAGAUCCUGAGGAGACGGUACCUGGCGAACGGUUACAUGCUCCUAGUCGCUCUGAAAAAGAUGACGAGCGCAAAAGGCUAAGAGGCACCUAUGAUGAGUAUGACACCGUGGACUGGGUGAAGGACCUUAAUGCAGACAGUGACAGGCGAGCUCGCAUGGAGCAGCGUGCUAAGACGUCCUCUACCGCCUUCGCCUACAAGGCUUCUCUUUACUACUUCAAUUGA